AUGGCGGCAGCUCGAACUCUCCCUGGGCUGGGGCCAAAGCUCUCCUCCACAUUGCCAACUUUAUCGUUGCGCCUCCUCUACACCGCUGCGCCAGGACAGGGCGGCAGAACCCAAUAUCGAGACGAAGCUCAAAGGGACAUUUCCGUGGACCGAAGGCAAUCCGCCAAACCGCACGGUGCACGCGUCGCUACGCGCGACAACGUCCACGGCGACAGAGCUCAGUACCGGGGCCGAGUCCAAACCGACCGUCCAGAGGAUGGACGCAGACUCGUCAAACCGUAUACGCGCAACAAUGUCCAGGGCGGCAGACCCCAACAGCGAGGCGGGGUCCAGAGGUACGUUGCCGAGGACGCACGUAAAUUCGUCAAAACAUCCGGCACGCUCCUUACGACGCGCGAGAACGUCCGGUUUCUACUCGAGAACGACAUCGAACCCGACAAUGCCAGGAUGAGGCCCUUCACCUCCCAGCCCGAGAUGCGCAAGAUUUCUGCCGAAUACCGUGCCAAGAUUGCUUUCAGUUCUCGACACGUCCUGCACCCGUUCGACAUGAAGUAUUUCGACCCCAAGGGCCACCCUCUAGCCGCCAUGACGAGGUCCCGGUACGCUCGCAGGAAGCUGGACGAGCCGCUGUGGAUCAUGUUCACGACACGCGCCGCCGGUGCGUCGGCCGUGGUUCGUGGUCUCACGCAGAGACGGUUGGCGGGUGCGCUCCAUGGAGCUCUGGAGGAACUGGGCUAUACACUUGCUCCCGGGCUGGGUGCUCGCAAGGAAAUCCGAGGGACUUUAUGGAUCUCCCUUCUGGACCCCAUCGCCACGGCAGCCAAACCUGCCCAGCGGUUCGGCAAGGAGGUUGCCGCGGCUCUGGACAGAGAGUGCAGCCGUCGGAAAUGA